UCGGCAGGAGCAGGAACCGCCGGCCGGGCCCCACGGAGGGCAGUCCCAGGAUGCCCUGCGCCGCGCCCGGCCCGGACUCCACUUCCCAGCGGCCCCUGCGGCCGGCUCCGCUGCCCGCCCAAGCGCCGCGGCCCCUUUGUGAGCCCGCCGGUCCGGCCGAGAGCGAGGCCCCGCCCCGGCCCGCGGGGCGCUGGGCUCCCGGCGGCCGCCGGCGCGGAGGGUGGUGCCGACCCGCGGGGAGGAGGCGCCUUAUUUUUCCAGGCACUGCCCUUCCAGUGAGGAGCGUGAAGUAGGAGGACAGAGGAGCUGUCAUAAAUUCUUAAAUUCUUAAAGCCAUGUCCAAGGAUUUGGUGACAUUUGGGGAUGUGGCUGUAGAUUUCUCUCAAGAGGAGUGGAAAUGGCUGAACCCUGCUCAGAGGAAUCUGUACAGAAAGGUGAUGUUGGAGACCUAUAGGAGCCUGGUAUCACUGGCAGGAGUUUCAGUUUCUAAGCCAGAUGUGAUCUCAUUAUUGGAACAAGGAAAAGAACCCUGGAUGGUGAAGAAGGAGGGGACAAGAGGCACGUGCCCUGAUUGGGAGUAUACAUUUGAAAACAAUGAGUUUUCAUCAAAGCAAGUUAUUUAUGAAGAAACAUCCAAACUAGUGAAAAUGGGGAGAAGCCAUCUUAGUUACAGCCUUGACUGCCCCAGUUUGAGAGAAGACUGUAAAAGUGAGGACUGGCUUAAGAACCAGUCAGGAAGUCAGGAAGUACAUUCCAGACAACUGAUCAUCACUCAUAAAGGAAUCCUUACUGAAGAUCCAAGUAAUGAAUAUACUAAAUCUUGGCAAACUUUCCAUCAGGAUGCAAUAUUUGAUAUAAAAAAGACUUUUCCCACCAAAGAAAGAAUACAUAAGCAUGAACCACAAAAGAGAAGUUACCGGAAAAAAUCUGUUGAAAUGAAACAUAAGAAAGUCUAUAUACAGAAGAAACUUUUGAAAUGUAAUGAAUGUGAGAAAGUUUUCAAUCAGAGCUCAUCCCUUACUCUUCAUCAGAGAAUUCAUACUGGAGAGAAACCCUAUGCAUGUGUUGAAUGUGGGAAAACCUUCAGCCAGAGUGCAAACCUUGCUCAACAUAAGAGAAUACAUACUGGUGAGAAACCCUAUGAAUGUAAAGAAUGUAGGAAAGCCUUUAGCCAGAACGCACACCUGGCUCAACAUCAGAGAGUUCAUACUGGAGAGAGACCUUAUCAGUGUAAAGAAUGUAAAAAAGCCUUCAGCCAAAUUGCACACCUGGCUCAACAUCAGAGAGUUCAUACUGGAGAGAGACCUUUUGAAUGUAUUGAAUGUGGAAAAGCCUUCAGUAACGGUUCAUUUCUUGCUCAGCAUCAGAGAAUUCAUACAGGAGAGAAACCCUAUGUAUGUAAUGUGUGUGGGAAAGCCUUUAGCCAUCGUGGAUACCUAAUUGUACAUCAGAGAAUUCAUACUGGAGAGAGACCGUAUGAAUGUAAGGAAUGUAGGAAAGCCUUCAGCCAAUAUGCACACCUUGCUCAACAUCAGAGAGUUCACACUGGAGAGAAACCUUAUGAAUGUAAAGUAUGCAGGAAAGCCUUCAGCCAGAUUGCGUACCUUGAUCAACAUCAGAGGGUUCACACUGGAGAGAAACCCUAUGAGUGUGCUGAAUGUGGGAAGGCCUUUAGCAAUAGUUCGUCACUUGCACAGCAUCAGAGGAGUCAUACUGGAGAAAAACCUUAUAUGUGCAAGGAAUGCAGGAAAACAUUUAGCCAGAAUGCAGGCCUCGCUCAGCAUAAGCGAAUUCAUACUGGAGAGAAACCUUAUGAAUGUAACAUUUGUGGGAAGGCCUUUAGCUAUAGUGGAUCUCUUACUCUACAUCAAAGAAUUCAUACAGGAGAGAGACCCUAUGAAUGUAAGGAUUGCAGAAAAUCUUUCAGGCAGCGUGCCCAUCUUGCCCAGCAUGAGAGAAUUCAUACUAUGGAGUCAUUCUUGACUCCUUCCACUCCCUCACCCUCCAUGUCCAGUCAGUUGCCAAGACCUGUUGGUUUUAUCUCCUAAAUAUGCCUUGAAUCUGACUCCUUUAAUCCAUUUCCAUUCCAUCAUCUUUGUCCAAUACACAGUAAUCUACUUCAUAUGCACUAUGGAAAUAGCUUCUGAUUGGUCUCCCCGUAUUUACCAUUUCCUUUGUCAGUUGCCUCCACUGUGGUCAAACUUGUAUUUUAAAAGUUCAUAUCGCUUCCUCAUCGAUACCCUUCACUGGUACCCCACAGUUCUUAGGUUAAAGCACACAUUCCUCAAAACAUCCUAAAAGACCCUCCUGCCCCAAAUACCUUGUCCCAGUAUACCUUCCAAAGAACCUAUUUCAUGUCAAAAUCCAUCUCAUUCUUUGGCUAUUUAUCCAGAAUUAAGAACUCAUAUUCCAGCAUCAAACCAAUUUGGGUUCUGAUCCCUGCUCAUCCAUUUUCUAAACCUCUAGUUUCAGAGAAACAUUUUGUUCUUUGUAAGGUUCAGUCUUCUUAUUUAUAUUAUGGAAAUAAUAAUAGUACUACCUCAAAAGUUGAUGGGAGGAUUAAAUGAGAGAAUGCAUGUAAAUUGCUCAGAGUGCCUAGCAUAAUCAUUUAAUAAAUGUUACCAUAAAAUAAAAAGAUGCUGUGGUAUACAAAGAGGACCUGAUCAUCUCAGCAAGGUUCAUCUGAGAAAUAACAAAAUCAGCAGCAGUUCAAGACUGAAGAGAUUAUAAAGAACUGGGAUUAGGAACAGUUC